AUGCCGUGUUGUAUCGCUAUCAUCCAGUUCCAGCAAUGUCAGCACAGUACCCUCUUCAAGGUUGCCUGCACUGCAGGAUGCAAAGACCUGUGCCCCCUUCCAGCCCAGCAGGUUCUCAUCAUCGCCCACUACCUCUGGCUAUGCGAAGACUGCCAUGAGAGAAUAGGCAACGAAGACCUCGACGAGCGAUGUAACAAAUGGGCAGAUGUUCUGUUCGAAAUCCCCAAAACACUCCCCCCCGCGAUCCGUCACCAGUUGAAAGCGAGCGCGGAGGCACAAGAAAACGCUGAGGAUGAACGUUGUGAAAGGGCCCGCACUAUGCGUAUUGAGGAGAUUCAGUGGGUGGCUGAAUGGACGCUCGAGUACGCAUACAUGCUCUACGAUGUUUUGCACAAGCAUGUUUGGGAAUUACAGGAGGCUAUGGCUCGGAUUCAAAAGCUCAGGGGCUUGCGGGUGUGGGACCUCAUCGUGGUCAGAGACGUUUCUCGUAAGGGCGAAGAUCUGUUCGAGGAGCAGGAUAACAAGGUAUACUGGGCAAUCAAUUCACAAUUCGCCCAACAACGCGAGCAGAGACGACAGAUGAGAAGAGACAGUCCGCCAGCUGCACCAAAGCCUCUUCCCCCAACGUUCGCAGAGUGGGACAAGGACAGGGAGGAUGAGAGUGACUGGAGCGAAGACUCGAGCAAGACGGGUUACAACGGAGAUGUGAUACUCCAGCAAGAAGGGGACGACGACUCGAUACCGGUAACUUCACAGCGCGCUGCUACACCGUCGCCACCUCCGCACGAUACAAGAGCCAGGGAUGUUCUUGGAAUUACAUUACAGGAACCAGACCUGAUGGACAUCGACGAGGACUGA